ACGUGAUUACGUCACUCGGGCCAAGCGAAGCGAGCGGAGGGAGAUGUACGAGAUUCGUACUGUGUUAAAAUUAAUACGUCAUCUCUUAUUCUGAAGUGAUAUUUGUUAAUUAAUUCGCGGUGUCGCUUAGAAAUUUACCAUAAAACAACAUAAUGCCGGCGGCGCGAGGCGUUAAACGUGCAGCGUCUAAAUCGUCCGCCACAGCGGCCCCGACGGUGCCCAAAAACAAGAAAAAACGUGGAGCGAUCCAGUUGGAGAUCCCCACUGCUCCCAAAAAGAGGGGGCGUGUGCUGACAUGCGGACAGGGCGAUGUCGGACAGCUUGGACUUGGAGAAGAUGUUAUAGAGACUACAAAAUUUAAAUAUGUGACAGCAUUAGGUGACAAAAUAGUUGAUGUGCAUGCAGGUGGUAUGCACACAAUAGCUCUUGACAGCAGUGGAAAGGUGUGGACAUUCGGCUGCAACGACGAGGGCGCGCUGGGGCGGCCCACGUCGGGCGACAGCGACGAGGGCAGCCCGCGCGGCGUGGCGCUGCCCGGCCGGGCCGUGGCCGUGGCGGCCGGCGACUCGCACUCCGCCGCGCUGCUGCACACCGGCGACGUGUACGCCUGGGGCGCCUUCCGGGACUCGCACGGCAGCAUGGGGCUGGUGAUGCGCGGGCGCGCGGGCAAGCCCUGCGCAGCGCCCGAGCGCCUGCCGCUGCCCGAGCCCGCCGCAGACAUCGCGUCCGGCGGGGACCAUCUCGUCAUACUCACCACAUCAGGCGCAGUAUACACAAUGGGUUGCGGAGAACAAGGCCAGCUCGGCAGGCUGUCGCAGAGAUCCGCCUCCAGGGAUGCGCGGCAAGGAUUCUCGGCGCUGCUGGUCCCGGCGCGCGUGACGCUGAAGGCGGGCGCGAGCCGCGUGUGGGCCGGCUACCACGCCACCGUCGUGCAGGACAGCAACGACAAGAUGUUCGCCUGGGGACUCAACAACUACGGCCAGCUCGGUAUAACAGGUGAAAAGCGUAAAACAGCGUUAUUCUCUCCAACGGAGUGCGACGCGUUCUCCAGCCACAACACGACGUGGACCAGUGUCGCCUGCGGACAACAUCACACCAUCGCACUAGAUGCCAACGGACAGGUCUAUGCUAUCGGUCGCUGUGAAUACGGAAGAUUGGGUCUUGGCGACCGUGCAGGCGACGCCGAAGUAUUGGAGCCUAUUCCUAAACUACAAAACAAGAAAGUCGUCUGCAUAGCUGCCGGCACAAGCAAUUCCUUUGCUGUUACUGAUACUG